UGGCCAAAUUCGUCCGCUGUUUUUUCCAUGGAAAUCUCCGCCGUCCUCGUCCCCGGCACCGCCUCUCGCCGUCUCCACUGCCCUCCUUCUCGGCCGGACCACCACCACGUACGGAGGUCUCCUCUUCUCCUUCUCUGCCUUGACCGCAAAAGCCCCUCCUUCUUGACUUCCUCGAUCAGGCCGCACAGCGGGGCCGUUUCUGCUUGCGUCACCAGAGGCACUGCCUCGUGGAGUGAGGAGGAGGUCGUGCCCUCGAGGGAAGAGAAUGAGUCGCCUACCUCCGUCCCACUAGAGCCUAUCGCCAACGAGGAGCAGUUCAAUCGGGUCAUCGCUGAAGCACAUCGACUCGAGCUUCGGGUCAUUAUUCUAUGGUUGGCAAGCUGGUGCAGAAAAUGUAUAUACUUGAAACCCAAAUUGGAAAGACUGGCAGCUGAUUAUUACCCAAGCAUAAGGUUCUAUAGCAUUGAUGUCAACACAGUUCCUCAAAGGCUUGUAAAUCGUGCUGGAGUUACUAAAAUGCCGACAAUACAGUUGUGGAAGGACUCUAAACUUCAGAACGAGGUCAUAGCUGGAUAUAAAGCAUGGAUGGCCGUAGAUGACAUUCGAAAGAUGAUCGAAAAUGAAGAGUGAUCUGGUAAAACUUUUCUAUUUCACUAAUGAUGCCAUUUUGUGAUAACUAGGGGAAAUUCCACAACCAACGAAAACUCCGAGUUCAUCUGUUCUCGUAAACGACAUCGACGAGAAGAUUUGAAUCUUGUUGAUUAAUUAGCAACACUGCAGUUUGCUGUAUCAUACUGAACUGUUAACUUCAUCUUCUGUAUUAGAUGGUUUUGAGUUUUGACUCAGUCGCGAAGAUUAUAUCUUCAGUUUUAAGAUCUUGUUAGAACUGGCCACGGGUUAGGGUUUCUGCCUUGUGAAGUUGUUGGACUUCACCUCGGGUCGUUGGAUCAAUGAAUUCACCAAAAAAAAACCUUUUAAUUC